CUAUUUCUAUGGUAAUACUUUCAACGGUAGCAUAUAGAAUGGACACUCACAAUGCAGCAACUAUAUAUCGGAUUUUAUUUCUAGAUCAAAUAGUUAUAUUUGAAGCUGAAAUAACGUCUACAUGGACCUCUUGGGGAUCAUGUAAUAAAAUUAUUUCAAGUCCGGAUCAAAACUGCAAAGGAAUACAGACAAGAACAAAUGACACAGAAGACACUGUAGCGGGAACUUACAGUUAUGAAGAGACAAGAGUAUGUUAUCUUACAAACGAAACAAUUGAUGGCGGUUACACAUUAUGGAGUGAGUGGGAUGAUUGCUCCCAAAAAUGUAAAGGAACAACAACUAGAAGUCGAAAGUGUCAUAACCCCACACCAUGCAAUGGCGGUGAAGAUUGUAUUAGGCAUAUUGGAACAGACAUACUAAAAAAAAAAUGCAGACCUGUGGCAGGACAAUGGGGAGAAUUGGGAGCUUGGAGCUACUGUAUAAAGUCGAAUUCUGGCGUUUACGGAACUGGUACUUAUCUACGUUCACGUAAAUGUGAUAAUCCAGUUAAUAUUUGUGGAGGCGAAUAUUGCAUAGGAGUAAAUCAGACUGAAGGAAAUUGCAGAGUUGUGCCUCCAUGUCUUACAUACCAAAUGUUUAGCGACAAAUUUCUUAAAAAAGAAAAUGCUAUGUCAAUUUAUACCUCAGCACAAGUAAAUAUAUACCUUCUGACAAAAAACAAGUGUACGACGGCAACUAUAAUUCAUACGUAUUUUGAAUUAUACAAGAUAACAAACAUAACUGCUAACACAGAAGUGCAGGUCGGGGGGAAGGACUACAGUGUGAAGUUCAAGUUUAACCCAGGAGAACAUGACAUAGGAUACUAUCGUUUAUAUGCAAGGAUAGGAUAUCCUGCAAGCAUGGAACACUGGAUGGAAGAAUCAAUGUUUGUGAAAAUAGAGCAACCACCACCACAUGCAUUUAUAAAAGGUGGAGCUGGAAGGACUAUUGGUCAAGGAAUCUCAGAACUUGACGCUCGUUCUAUGUCGUAUAGUUUAACUAAAGGACCCGGUGAUCCUUCAGGUCUUAUUUUUUCUUGGAGAUGUCUUAAUUUUGUCACACAUAAUAUCUAUAAUCUACUGCAAUUUGAUAUUAAACCAGUAUUAGCUUUUAAGGAUAAAAGUGAUUAUAAAAAGAAAUGGUACGAAACUAACUUUGUUCUAUAUAUAAAAAACAAAGUCGCAUUCAUCCAUGGCUCUACACUUGCCGCCUUUGUAAAUAACCUAAAACAUUCUAAUUCCACAUGCAUGCUUGGUAAUGAGUUUUACGUCAAGGCUGAACUUUAUAAAUAUCCCCCAGCCAAAAAACAGAUAGACGAAACAAUAGAAGCAUACGAUAAUUUUUCUUCGACAUCAAUAUCCAAUACAUGGAAUGGGAGCAAUAUUACAACUUCAAUAAUGACAACACUAGAAACAACUGUUACUCAAGGAAAUGAUACUGUUAGUACAUUGAGUAAUAUGACAACAUUUGAAGCAAUGACAACAACAGAGGAGACAACUACGCCAGCGCCUCUUUAUGAUCUGAUAGCUCUUACGCGAUUUUUUGAAAUUGACUUUAUGAAUGACAUGGAGUCAAAACCUAAAUCCGAACUGAACAGCACAGAAUUUGUCUUACCUUCUCAAGAAAAUUACACACUUGUUUUAAACGAAAUGUUAGAAUUUCUAACAAUUUUGUAUGAUGAAGAAUCUGAAGCCUUUCUACAGGAUACAGACGACUUUUUUGAAAGGUUAUCUGAUAGUUCAUUAACUCUUGAUAGUUUAUAUAAAUUAAGUGAACUUUCUGGGUUGCCUGCAAGUGCUAAUGCUACAUUUUUUGAUAAUCUACUAGAAUGGCUGCAAAACGCAAAUGUAUCGAAACAAUUUGCAUAUGAGCUGCGGGAUUUGUUGGAUAGCUUUAGAUAUGUCCAAUCUUACAUCCAAAAAACAACAAAUUUAGUAGAAUUAAUAGGAAUCGAAGGAUACUUCAAACUUGUCCUUGAUGACUCUGGACAAUGUUUGAUGGAUUAUCUGGGAAAUAUAUUUAACGGAUUUGAUAAGAUUAACUCAUUUGAUUGGCAUAAAAUGAAAAAUCAAGAAAAAUAUUACUUGAAAUGGCUAGAGGAUGAUCUGUUCAACUCUAGUGCCUGUAAAUUGUUCAACGGAAUCGAUGAUGGAACCGGAAGUCUCACUGUUACCUCACAAGAUGUCUCAGAGGGAAAGGGAUUUUUAGUGUAUUUAAGAGUAGAAUUUGAGGAGUCGGUUAGUUAUUUUAUACAACAUGCCCAAUCAGUUUCUGGAAAUCCCCCAGUACUGGCAAUAGAAUGCAGAUUAAAUUGCAUGAAGAAGACAGCUUUGACUUCUAUAAUGUCGCUCAAAUCUUCGUGUCCUUUUUGUACAUUUGAACAGCAAAAAGGAUUUAAAUUUUGGUGGCGAGUCAAAGAUUUUGAUAUCUUCAGUAGAAAAUCAACAACAAAUGAUUACUGGCAAUCUUGGAUGCUAUCUGAAUUGGAAAGCGAUUCAUUUGUUAUGAAAGCCAACGUUUUGAAUGCUAGUGCAGGAUACCUUAUAGAGGCUCACAUGCAGCUUGCAACAGGGGAGACGAGCAUUGGUAUUUGGGCCGUCAAUACAAACAUAUUACCGUAUGGUGGCUCUUGUGAAAUGGAGGAUGCAAACUGGGGGGAAAAGAAAGUAACAACAAAUGGAUGGAAUGACGAAGGGUUCCGAACCUCAACUGAUACCAGUUAUGACUGGAAAGAACAGCUGAUUUAUCGAAUAGUUCAGACGAAUUCUGAAGGAAAGGAAACACUUCUAUAUUACGGUUUAGAGGAAGAGAAUUAUAUCAAAGUAAAACCUGGUAUCGGUACCGAUGAUUAUCAUGUUACAAUAAAAAUACAGAUCUAUGACAUUUUUAUUGAUCAUACAGAAUGUACUAAACAUAUCGGACAGGUUCAUCCCACUUAUACCACAUCAGACCAAAAAAGUGUAUCGUCAUUCUUAUAUUCCUCGUCUGAAAGUGUGGAUUAUUACUGGAAAACUGGGAAUGUAAAACAAGUGGCCAUGAAUGCAGAGGUAGCCGGAACACCCGUCACAGAUUUGAAUACAACUACAACAAUAUUUGAUACCGAACCUGCACAAUGGGUGAAUAUUGGUGUUGAAAUACUGUCUGAUGGUACAAAUGUUACAAAAACAUUUGAUGAAUUGUGGAAUAUGUAUUUAAAUCCUGAUUAUGGAGAUGUAACAAGCGAUAUAAAAGAGCAAUUGACAACUUUUUCCACGAUACUGGCUGAAACAUCUUAUGUUGUUGAUGGAACAUCCACUGUGAAUUUAGACCAGGUUGCUAAUAGUAUUGGCACAAUUAUUGGAAACAAGCGAUUCACUGCAAAUUCUUCAGCAUCCAAGGCAUUUGAAGGAAAUAAAGGUCUGUUGGAAAAACUUGUAAAAUUGACAAGUAAUGAGACAUAUCCAAAGUAUGAAGACUACAUUUCUACGUGUCAAGGUAUGUUAAGGGUCUUGAACAAUGCUUUGGAAGCCAUAUUACCCAAGACAUCAGUGGAUACACCAAUAACAUUAGAUAUAUAUACAAUAUUGUCGGAUAUAUCUAGCAGACAGGAGUUAUCUGAACCAAACAAGGCUGAUCUUACUCCUGCAGAAAGAGCUUUCAUUGCUUCACAGAUUGCUAUGAAGAAUGAACUGGAUGCGGAUAUAAAAAAUGAUGUUGUAAAAAACGAGGUUCAAAUACUAUUGGAUAGUAUUUCCGACUUAGGCCACGUGCUUCAGAUGUUGAACUUUCGUAAACAGAUGCCUGUUUACGUUCAAAAUGGACACAUUAAUUCCACUGAGGACAAGAAACUGAUUGGAGAGCUGAUUCAGAAAGGGUUUCAAAACAAUGAAGUAGAUUUAAGUUUUGUAGAAUCAAAUUCCCAGUCUACACAAGAACAAGCCAUACAGGUAACAUUAUAUGACCACACACCAUUUUCGUGGGAUGAUGAGUCCAAGUUCAUAUCAUCUAAGACGGUAACUGUGUCAGUGGGAGAAGGCAAUACAACAAACUCAGCAAUACUAUCAAAAAUCAAACUCCAAAAUACUGGUUUAGUACCAAAAAGAAAAACUAUCAAAAUAGCCAUUCCAGUAGAUAAAAACGAAACCACUUCACAGAUGCUGAUGUAUAAAAUGUACUGGAAGACACCUGCAGAUAAUUUGAUAAUCAGUAUAAAUAACGCCAUGGACCACCUUAAUCACACUAUUUACAUUCGGAAGAAAGAACAUCCAACGGAAGACGAAUAUGACUGGAUGAAAAUAACACAAUCCAGUGACUGGUUGAGGACCAGCGAAAUUAAAGUAAUACUGGACGGUGGACUAUACACAGCCCCAGCUAAUGUGUAUAUUGGAGUCCUUGUUCAAAAAGAAACAUCUUCCGCCCCUACAUUAAGCAGGCGAAAAAGGUCAUUGAGUACUACUAUUGUUGAAUAUGAAAUUCUUGGUGCUACGGUUGGUUGUAGAGUAUGGGAUACUGCAAAGGAGAAAUGGGACAAAAGUUCAUGUCAGCUUUCUGCUGCAUCAACCAUCAAUGAGACUGUUUGUGAAUGUUUCAGUCCACCCGGAAACAGUUUUGCCACAACUUUCUACGUGCCUCCAAACACAAUCGAUUUUGGAAGUGUUUUUGAAAAGUUUGAUUUGAAAAACAAUGCAGCGGUGUUUGCAACAGUUGUAUCACUGGUACUGUUGUAUAUUUUGUUAUGCGUAUGGGCAUUCAGACAGGACAGAAAGGAUCAUACAAAGUGGGCGUUAUCAUAUCUGAGUGACAAUGGACCUUACGAUGAUUACUUGUACAUUCUAACGGUGUUCACAGGACUACACAGAAAUGCAGGAACAAAAUCUAGAAUAGGUUUCAUGAUAAUUGAUGGCACACCAAAGAAAAGCAAAUUUUAUGAACCAGAUAUACGAAUAUUAGAUGAUGAAACACAUCGAGGUUUUGAUGUUGGUAGCAUCCGGAAAUUUGUCAUGAGCGUUCCUAAACCAAUAAAUGACCCAACAGUAUUAAAAAUUUGGCAUGAUAAUAGUGGACAAGGAAAUACGGCAUCAUGGUAUCUUAAUAAAAUCAUACUGGAGGAUGUACAAACUGGUGGAAGGUAUAUGUUUUUAUGUGAUCAAUGGUUGUCUUUGGACUAUGAUGAUGGCUGCAUUGAUUGUGCCAUUCCUGUUUCAGAUGAAUUGGAUAAACACAAAUUCUCAUUUUUAUUUAAUGAAAAAACUAGGCAAAAUACAACAGACAAUCACUUAUGGCUAUCGGUUGCAAUUCGACCUGAAGACAGUAACUUUACAAGGAUAGAACGACUGGCUUGUUGUUUGACAUUGUUGUUUCUUACUAUGAUCUCAAACGCAAUGUUUUAUGGACAAAGUACCGGAAGUCGCUUUUCAAUUGGACCUAUCACAUUAUCACUUUCUGUGAUAUACAUUUCACUUAUCAGUGCAAUAAUUGCUGCACCUCCAAUAUUCUUAGUAACUUAUAUGUUCAGAAGUUCGAGACCUCAUCCAACAAAUGAGAAGAAACAUUUAACAAAUACUAAAGCAAAUCAUGAAAGGACACUUAAAUCCAAGACCGAUGAGGAAAACAAUCCCAACGCAGAUGUAACAGACGACCCUCAAUUUUCACUUCCGUUUUGGUGUAGAUAUGUUGCAUGGGGAAUUGUUACAUUAGCCGUUUUUGUAUCCGGAUUUUUUCUAAUUCUUUAUAGCAUGGAAUGGGGACAGACGAAGUCAGAGGAAUGGCUUCUAUGUUUCUUUAUGUCAUUCAUCGAAUCAAUGCUCCUCGUUGAUCCACUCAAGAUAAUAUUGCUUUCCCUCGUAUUCUCUUGGAUUGUAAAGAGUUAUAAAGAGAAAACUGUGAAAUACGACAGAGAGAAACUUCUUCUGGAGACCAAAAGACGUACAGCAAGUCCAUUGUCAUAUCUUUUAGAUGUGUUCAAAAAGACGCAAGCACCAUUGGAACCCCAAAAAGUUGCUAGCUUAAAAGAAAAAAGACAGCAGCGACUUAAAAUGCAAGAGAUUUUUAUAGAACUUGUUUUAUAUAUCAUAUUCCUUGCUGUUUUGUAUUGCGUCAGUUUUAGAAACAGGGAUUCUAGAUGGUAUAAUGUUAAACAUCAUCUAGAGCAGCAGCUUGUUACAUCAAAUAGUAUCUCAGUUGGAGAUUCAACGUUGAAAUAUGAUCAGGUUACAACUUCAUCUAAUUUAUAUGUUUGGAUUGAUGAGACCCUUAUUGCAUUUCUAUUUCCACGGUAUCAUACUAAUGGAGAUCUACUGAAUGCCGAAAGAAGAUUGUAUGUACAGGACCAAGUAAAUUUUCGCGUUGGUCCAAUGAGACUGAGACAACUAAGAGCAGUUCAAGAGCCAUGUAGGACAAAGUUUUGGGGAAAUUUUACCUGUUAUGAUGAUUAUUCCAUUAACGGAGAGGAUGAUGAAAACUACUGUGUAGCCUGGGAGCCUCGCCCUUGUGUCAGAGGUCAAGCUGUAUAUAAUAUGACAUCUGCUGCCUGGAAGUUUGUGUCGUCUGUUGAUAUUUGGGGACUUCCGGUCACAGGACUACAUUCUACCUAUGGCGGUGGUGGAUAUAUAGCAGAAUUUAUUGUCAACUACAACAUAUCACGUCUUAUUCUUAAUGAUUUGUAUAGAUACGCAUGGAUAGAUCGUAAAACGAGAGCCAUAUUUACAGAAUUCACCUUGUACAACGUGAACGACAAUGUGUUUGUAUAUAUCACGUUUUUGGCUGAAUUUCCUGAAACAGGUGGCGUCAUUACAAGUACAUCAAUCAAACCGUUUCGGCCUUAUCAACAUAUCGGAAGUCUUGGUAUGUUCAUCUUUUUUGGUGAAAUUAUUUUAUUAAUUGUAAUAACUAUAUUUUCUGUUCAUAAAUGCCUUUUGUUUUGGAGAAACGGUAAGAAGAUGCUGAAAGAAUUAUGGCAUGCUCUCGACAUUUUAAUUAUAUUCUUAUUCUUGGUUUGCGCCGUAAUGUAUAUUGGUAGAUGGAUAAUGAUUAAUUUGGCAAUGGAAGAUUGGGAAAAUGAUAAGAAUAAAUUCGUCAACUUCAGGCAUAUUGCAUCAUGGGACGAACUGUUUAAUGUUUUAUUGGCAUUCAUUAUAUUUCUGACAACAGUGCGAAUCAUGCGAAUUUUAAGCUACAAUGAAAGAAUAAAUCAAUUUGGAAAGGUUCUUGCUCACGUGAGUUGUGAUCUUUGUGGAUGUUUCGUAAUGUUUCUGAUGGUGUAUGUAGCGUUUGUGACUUUCGGACAUUUAAUAUUUGGCAGGCAUUUAAAAACAUACAAAAACUUAUUCGUGUCAUCAACGACAUUGGUCAAUGCUAUUAUCGGUAAAAACAGUAUCAAUGAUCUGUUUUCUGUGGAGCCGGUUCUGGGAAGAGCCUAUUACUUCUUCUUCGUUUUGUUUUUGUUGUGGAUUCUAAUGACAAUGAUGAAUGCAACAUUAAAUGUAGGUAUUACAACAGUUAGGAAAAAACCUGUUCGGUCAACAUACGGCAUCAUAAACAUCGUAGCAAGCUUCUGGAAAGAGGCUGUUGGUCUCAUUAUUGCAUCAAAUGAUACCACAACAAAAGACAAGCUAAAGUUAUCACAAGACUACAUAUCAAGUAAGGAAGUUCCAAAGCAAAUAGUUAUAAUACGUCAGGAGAUACAAAACAGGUCAAAACAAUAAAACCGAAGGAAGACUUACCGAAAUAGAAAGUACGACCAAGGCGUAUUUAUCAGUAAUAUUAAUUUAAUCCAUGAAUUAUAGUUGAUCUUAAACUAGCUAUUUAACUUUUAUAGUUGAUCUUAAACUAACUAUUUAACUUUUGCACAAACAAACUUGUUUUGAUAUGACAUUAUCGUCUUUUGUUUUAGAAAUUUUCCAUAAAUAAUAAUAAGUGUAUCAUGGUUUCUGUUUAUUAAAUUGCAUCUUAUUAAAUAGUCUUUUUUCA